ACAAACAAGACUUGGCAAGUGAAAGAAAUUUCCGAAUUUGCCCUCAUCGGCUAAUGAAUUUUACGGAGAUGCUCGCAGCUUGCAGGUAGGUAGCGGAAAACUGGAGAUUUCUAUAUAUUCCUUUCGUCUUCUCUUCUCAACCAAACCUAACUCCGGCGAAGAGAAGACGGGAAAAGCCCUGAAGAGUGAAUAUUCCGAUGUCAGCGACUGCUCUCUCAAGAUUAAACCCUGUUUCUCAAUUUGGGUUUCAAAGAAUCGUAGCUGGGAAGAGUAAGAGCUUUUUCUCCAAUCCCGGUGAAAGGAGAUUGUUCUCUGACAGCUCUCGGUUUCGUCAAGCCAUGGCUGCUUCUGGUUCUCUCCCAGUGGUUGGGGACGCUUGUUUGGAUGAUUUAGUUACAACUUGUUCCAAUGGCUUAGAUUUCACUAAGAAGCGUUCUAGUGGUGGUAGCUUCACCGUUAAUUUUCCAGCAGCUAGCAUGAGACUUGGGAAGAGAGAGGGAGUGAUCAAGAACCGAUUGGUGUGUCACUAUUCUGCCGUCGGGCCGCUCCAAAAGAGUCGUGCACUCUUUGGGACAUUGUCAAAGAGUGUUCAUACUUCCUCUAUUGCUUGUUUCUCGGUUGGACCUGCUCAUGAGCUUUCUUCUCUUAACGGUGGUUCUCACGACUCACCACCAACUACUACAUCUCUCAAGAGUCUAAGGCUAGUGUCGGGGUCAUGUUAUCUCCCGCAUCCUGAAAAGGAAGCUACAGGUGGAGAAGACGCUCACUUUAUCUGCGAUGAAGAACAAGCUAUUGGAGUUGCAGAUGGAGUUGGCGGUUGGGCAGAGGUUGGUGUUAAUGCUGGACUGUUUUCGCGUGAGUUGAUGUCUUAUUCACUAUCAGCUAUUCAAGAUCGACAGAAAGGUUCUCCUAUCGACCCCUUAUUGGUGUUAGAGAAAGCACAUUCUCAAACCAGAGCCAAAGGCUCGUCCACGGCUUGUAUCAUUGCUUUGACAGAUAAGGGAUUACACGCCAUUAAUCUCGGAGACAGUGGAUUCACGGUGGUUAGAGAGGGGACCACGGUGUUUCAGUCUCCGGUUCAGCAGCAUGGAUUCAACUUCACUUAUCAGUUGGAGAGUGGAAAUAGUGCCGAUGUCCCAAGCUCUGGUCAGGUAUUCACGAUUGAUGUUGAGUCCGGAGAUGUGAUUGUGGCUGGAUCGGAUGGCAUGUAUGAUAAUCUAUACAACGAAGAGAUCACCGGAGUGGUGGUUAGUUCGGUGAGGGCCGGUUUAGACCCGAAAGCCACGGCUCAGAAGAUAGCAGAUUUAGCACGUCUGAGAGCAGUAGACAAAAAACGGCAGAGCCCUUUCGCAGCUGCCGCUCAGGAGGCUGGCUACAGGUAUUACGGAGGAAAGCUUGAUGACAUCACCGUCGUCGUUUCUUACAUCACAUCACCUUAAGAGACCAAACUGUUCUCUUCUGUUCGAACGGUCUCGUCCCGCCAAAAUCGGACGAUACCUUUUCUUUUUUCUUUUUUUUUUUGUUGUUUUUUGUUUUUUUUUUAAAUUUUGUAGCGGUAUUAAUUAAGGCCCCACCUGAUCAUAAAUCUGUGUAUUUUCACAGUUUUAAAAUUAGUAUAAUUGCGGUUUACUGCGGGGAAAA